UUAAUAAUUUGCCUCCUCCAUUUUUUUCUAACUCCGUAAGAAGUUAAUUUUAUUUGAGUGAACAGCUAGCCAGACGUUCAUUCGCUAAGCGGUGCGCCCACAACUUAUCGUAAAAUAGUUUUUGUGGAAUAAAAUAUGCAUUUGCGUUGAAGUUUUAGCCAUGUGCUGGUAUUUACUAAUACUUCUGUUUGGUAUUCAAACAUGUUCGUCGCAAAUACACUAUACGGAAACUACUGAAAUUUCCUACCAGAUUGCGGGUAUAUUCGAGCGAGACGCGUUCACCCGGCUGUCAGCCUUCAACGAUAGUUUGAACCAUGUCCACCUCGGCGAGGUCCGCAUCAAGCCUGUCACCGUGCAGCCACUCAGAACUGACAGCUACUCAGUCUGGAGAGAAUUAUGCUCAAGCAAUGCAAUAAACCCGGUUGCGAUAUUUGGUCCACAAAAUGCAAUAUCUGAUGGAGCAGUUCGGGACCAGUGCGCCAAGAUGAACAUACCGCACAUUCAGGCAACUUGGCAGCCGAUAGACCCUGACUUGGAACUUAAUGAGGAACCAGAAACAAAUGAUGGGGGCGAAGAAGAAGCUGAAGUGACUUUCAAAAAAAUCUCGAUAAACUUUUACCCCGAUUCGGAAGAAAUGGCUUUAGCGUAUGGAAAACUCCUCAAGUAUUAUAAAUGGACGGACUUUGCAGCGCUCUACGAAGAUAACUUUGGUUUAUUGAGAGUUCAAAAGAUUUUAGCUGAAGUCUCACUCAAAUCACAAGUUCUCGUGUAUAAAUUGGAUGAAAAUGGCGAUAAUCGGCAGAUUUUCAAAGCAUUAUCCGAUUCUCAAAUAAGCCGUUUUCUGGUUGAUUGUCAUUCUGAUCGCAUACUACAAUAUUUGAAUGACGCUGCAAAUUCAAAUUUAAUUAACGAAUACCAGCAUUACAUUCUUGUUUCAAUGGACGCAUCCAGGGUAGCUGAGAAGUUGGUGAAGCUACCUUCUAACGUGACGUGGCUCAGUCUUACGGAGUAUGACAAGAUCCUGGAUGAAAGGCAUUACUUAGCAACGAGAGUUGGCAACUGGAACACCACCGAGCAAUUAUCAUCAGUUAUAGAAUUCCCACUCGAAGCGUUGAUCAUGGAUGACGUUGCUAAUCACUUAGUAGAGGCACUCGGCGAGGAAGAAUUAAAGAACUCAGGACAACCUCCUAACUUCAGUUGUACCGAUGAAGAACCUUGGGAUCAAGGGGCCAACUUUCAAAACCGGAUAUUAAAGACCCAAACCUACGGUAUAACUGGAAAUAUAGAGUUCGACGAAAGAGGACGAAGGAUCAAUUACGUUCUGUACGUAAAUGAAAUUCAUGUGAGGUUUAGGAAGACAAUCGGCAUUUGGGAGUCGGCGAAUAGUUCAGCUAUCAUCGCAACAGCAUUACAAACGAAUAGUAUUGGGAAACAACAGUCUAGCAAGAACUUUAUAGUAAUAUCUCGUAAAGCGAAACCUUACUUUUAUCCAAAAGAAAAAUGUGAAGGCGACGAUUGUGAACUGGAUGAAGAUGAAGACCCUGACGCAGAAUAUGAGGGCUUCUCCGUAGAUCUCGUGAAGAACAUAUUCAAGAUACUUAGAGAAGAAAAGUUUAACUACACGUACAAGUUUGUGUAUUAUGAUGACAUGGAGUACGGCAAACUGGAUCCGAUCACCAAAAAAUGGAACGGACUGAUUGGACACUUAUUGGACAAAAAAGCUGAUUUAGCUGUAUGUGAUCUCACUAUAACAGAGGAACGAAAGAAAGUCGUUGACUUCUCAGUACCAUUCAUGACGUUAGGAAUCAGUAUAUUAUUCACACAGGAUCGGAAAGUGAAGCCAGGAAUGUUUUCUUUCCUGAACCCGUAUACUUUUGAAGUUUGGAUGUAUACCGCUACUGCCUAUUGUGUUGUGUCUAUCGUCCUGUUUGUUUGUGCCAGAAUCUCACCAGCCGAUUGGGAGAAUCCAGAACCGUGCGAAAAAGAUCCGGAGGAAUUGGAAAACAUUUGGACAUUUAAAAACUGUAUCUGGCUAACUACGGGAUCUAUUAUGACGCAGGGAUGCGAUAUCUUGCCAAAAGCUAUUGGUACUCGUUGGGUGUGUGGUAUGUGGUGGUUCUUUGCCGUCAUCGUGUGUCAAACGUACAUUGCCCAGUUAUCGGCUUCUAUGACAUCAGCCUUGGAAACUGAGCCAAUCAACAGCGUCGAUGACUUAGCCAAGCAAACCAAGAUCUUGUACGGAGCGCUUGGUGGGGGAUCAACACUUGAAUUUUUCAAAUCUUCAAAAGACAAAACAUACCGGCACAUGUACGAAACUAUGGCGGCAAAUCCUGUUGUCCUGGUCAAAAGCAACGAUGAAGGAGAGAAAAGAGUUCUGAAGAGUAAAAAUAAAUACGCAUUCUUUAUGGAGUCCUGCACCAUAGAAUAUAAGUUGAAAAGAAAUUGUCUCUUGAAAAAAGUUGGUGGUGAAUUGGACAGUAAAGAUUAUGGGAUUGCAAUGCCGGCUAAUUCACCGUUCCGAACUGAUAUAAACAGGGCAAUUUUAAAACUAAAGGAGUCGACGAAAUUGGACAAAAUUAAAAAAAAGUGGUGGCACAAUAAAUACGGUGCAAAAAAAUGUGAAGAAGCAACAGACGAAAGUGACAUUGAAGGUGAUCUUGAAAUGGAGAAUUUAAUCGGCGCGUUCGUUGUCCUUGUCGUGGGUCUCGUAUUCUGUCUCUUUAUGACAGCCAUAGAGUUUAUGAACGAAGUUCGAAACAUCGUUGUUCGGGAACAGGUGACCCACAAGGAAGUAUUCAUCAAAGAACUAAAGGCAUCCCUCAACUUCUUCCAACUACAAAAACCAGUUCUCCGUAACCCCAGUAGAGCGCCAUCUAUCGCCUCUUCGGGGAGUGACCACAGGCGGGAGAAACAAGCAAGCGCCAUAGAAAAUUUCCUAGAGCUAGAAAAAGAGAUGCAAUAAUUCAUUUAGAUUUACCUCUAUUUUAUUAAAAACAGUUUGAACCUUGUAACAAAAAAAAACAAGCAUGAAAAAUU